CUCUGGAUGCUGCAGCAUGAGAAGUACAGCAGCCAGCUGCAGAUGAGCCUGAAGCCUUCAGAGAAGAGCGAGCUGGAAGAACGGCGGCCGGCUGUGAAGAGCACUCAAGAGGCUCCGGUCAGCCGGCCCACGCCGCUGUACGGCCAGCCGUCCUGGUGGGGAGAGGAGGAUUAUGGGAGUAAACUCCAUGACGGCGAAGAGCUGCAUCACGACGUCCAGAAAGACGCCGCGGAUCCUGACGGGUCCCGGUCUGUCUCCGACUCACAACCAAAGACGGUCUUUCCGUCGUACCACCGCGAGCCGAGCUACUUCGAGAUCCCCACCAAGGACCUGUACCCCCACAAGGCCUUCAUGGAGCCGCAGUUUCACGACGUCCCCACCAAGGACACGGACGCCGUGCCGGCCACGCCCCCCACCCCCACCCCCACCCCGCCCGUCGUCCAGAGCCACGCCUCCUUCACCAUCGAGUUCGACGACUGCAUGCCCGGCAAGAUCAAGAUCAAGGACCACGUCACCAAGUUCUCCACCCGCCAGAGGAAGGCUCCGCCCGCCAAGGCCGCCGUCUCGACCACGCCCACAGAGCUGAUGUCCGCCGACAGCAAGGUGGCCGAUUGGCUGGUGCAGAGUGACGUCAGCAUGAUGAAGCGGCGUCCGCCGUGCGACGACGUCUACAGCACCAAGAGCGACCUCGCCGUGAGCGCCAAGACCCUGAAAGGUCACCAGCACGAGGACGGAACCCAGAGCGACUCCGAGGACCCGCUUCUGCAGGGCCGGAGGACGUCCCAGCAGUCCGUCCAGCAGGCCCUGCCAGGGGACCGCCAAGACCUGGGCCCGCGGGGAACCCCUGACCACCUGGGCCAGCCGGCCUCGCAGGGGGCCCCGGAGCACCUGGCCCAGCAGGCCCCGCCGGGGGGCCCGGAGCACCUGGCCCCGCUGGGGGCCCCAGACCACCUGGCCCCGCGGGCCCCGCCGGACCACCUGCCCCAGCAGGCCUUCGUCAUCGAGUUCUUCGACGAGAACCCGCGCAAGAAGCGCUCGCAGUCCUUCACGCACACCUCCGCCCACGCCGACUCGUACUCCGCCCUCAAGGCCAAGCUGGAGCGGCGCAAAGGCGGCGAGCGCCCGGCGUCCGUGCACGGCCACGUGGUCUCCGCCCAGCAGGGGGCCGUCCCCCCGAGGGGCCCCGGCGGCCCCCAGAGGUCCAGCUCUCUGAAGCGGGACAAGGCGGAGGCGGAGUCCUCGUGCCGCUCGCCGCCCGCCGCGCUCGUCAGACCCUUCGGCAGCGUGGGGAGGCGGUCCCAGCUGGCCCAGGAGUUCCUGAAGGACUCCUAUCAGGACCCGUCCCCCACCAGAGACAGGAUGUCCCCCCCGCCCAUGUCUGCGCCGCCGGUGAUGGAGUCCCCUCCGUACGCCCAGGACCCCCCUCAGCGGGAAGACCCCCGCCCCGCCCCCCCCUCCCAGCCCCCCGCCCAGACCCCGCCCCCCCCCGUCUUCCCGGUCCUGCCCCCGGGCCCACCCAAAGACCUGCAGAGGACGGCCAGGACCGAGGAGGACGACAGUCAGAGCGACGCCGGGACGUACACCAUCGACACCGAGGGGCUGGACCGCGAGGUGGAGGAGGCCCGGGGCAUGAUCGACCAGGUCUUCGGGGUUCUGGACUCUCCAGAAUACGGGGACAGCAGUCCGGCCGUGUCCAGGCCUGUGAUUGGUGAAGGUGAGGAUGAGGCUCCGCCCCCGACUGCUGAUGUGGACCGUCUGCAGGACUUUCCGGUGGGAACCCUCUGCUGCCCCCCGUGUCCCCCGUGUCCCCCGGUCUCCAUUCAGGUCUUGAGUGGAUCCGGUCCCGAUGGACCCAAGUGGGUCUCCAGAUGGGCGAGUCUGGCAGACGGCUGUGAUCCGGGACCCGGUCCUCCUCAGGCCCAGCAUCUAGAAGACCUGGACCUCCUGAGCCGCUCCGUCUGCAGCUUCAGUUUCCAGAACCCGGACUCGGACUCGGUUCCGGGUUCCCGGACCAGGAGGCUCCUUCCUCAGGUCCCUCCAGAGAAGCUGGACCCGGUUGUCCCAGGAGUCCAGUACCAGCUCCAGGACCCCGUGGGGACAGUCCUCGGCCCCACGCAGUCCCCCCAGCGCCUGUCGGUCCAGGACGACGUGGACCCGGACAGCCUGAGCGACGCCAGCCGCUCGGACGAGACCCCGGUCCUGGAGAGGACCCGGCGGUCCCCGGGGACCGCUCUGGAGAAAGUGUGCCCGGCCCCCAAGUCCACGUCCUUCUACAUCGGAUCUGAAGAACUUCCGGGUGAGUCCUCUCAGAGUCCGGGACGGGCCGAGAGGACAGCGGACCCUCCAGCCAGGACCCCGCCCACCACCGUGCUGAUCCGGCACCUGAGCGGUCCGGACCGCCAGAGGACAGGAGUCAAGCCCAACAGCUCCGCCCCCAACCUCCAGAUCCAGGACAAGGAGUCCAGCAGGGACGGCGGUGUGUCCUUCGUCCGGCAGGAGAGCUUCACCAGGGACCGUCCCAGCGCCGGCGUCCACCUGAAGAGACUGCCCCACAUCAGCAGCCACCCGUCCAUCCGGGACCUGGAGCUGGGCCGGGACCUGGAGCUGGGCCGGGACCGCGCGCCGAGCCCGCCGGCCGAGGGGACGCCGUCCUCUCUGGAUGUCAAGCCGCCGCCGUCCGCCUCGGCGCGCGGCCCGUCCGGCCGCGGGGACGAGUCCCUGUCCGGGGACUCGGACGUGGACACGGCCAGCACCGUCAGCCAGGUGAGCAGCAAGAACGCCGCCGCCGGCUCCGCCCCCAGGAAGUGUCCCCCCGGCGGCCCGCAGAGGGACCGGCCGUCCUCCAACCCGGAGCGGGGCCGGCAGGUCAGCGCCCGGGAGCGUCUCUCGGAGAAGCGGCGGAGCCACACGGCGGCGGACGCGUCCGCCAGGCGCCUCCAGACGCACCGCAGCGCCGGGAACCGCGGCGCCGCGGACCUCGGCGAGGGUCAGCAGGGUCCCGGUCCUCACAAGACCACCUCCUCCGAUCAAGAACUGUCUCGUCCGUCCAGCCGCGGCAAGAAGGUCCCGGGCCCCGUCCAGAGAGAAGACGGCGGAAAGACGUCCAGGACGGCGGCGCCGCAGGUCCUGACCCGGUCCAACAGCCUGUCGGCGCCGCGGCCCACCCGCGCCUCCAUGCUGCGCCGCGCCCGCCUGGGCGAGGCGUCGGACAACGAGGGGGCGGAGACAGACCGCGGCUCCCAGAACUCCGACCACGCCGCCGGCAGGAAGCUGUCCCGCCUGGACAUCCUGGCCAUGCCCCGGAAGAGGACCGGGUCCUUCACCGCUCCUAGCGACACCGAGGUGUCCGGGCGCGGCGCCCGCGGCGCCGAGUCUGGCGGCGCCACCAGGAAGACGUCGGUGGGCGACGCCCGGCAGGCGCUGGGCCGAGGGGGCGGAGCUCCGGGGAAGCAGCAGCUCACCCGGACCCGGUCCGGUGGAGCCAAGUAUCUGAGCAGUGGGUCUCGCCACAGACAGAAAGGGUCCGACUUGUCUUCGUCCUCCGAGGAGGACUACCACACCGCUUCCAAGCACGUCCAAAGCCAAGCGCCCGUCCCACCCCCCCGUCCCGGACAGACGCCCCGCCCCCACCGCCCCGCCACCAGGACCAAGUCCGUCUCCGUGGAGACGGAGGAGGAUGAGGACCAGACCGACGCAGACCUGUACCAGAACUGGUCUACACACAGCGCCGAGAUCGCCAAGCUGAGUCAGGACCUCGCCAAGGACCUGGCCAUCCUGGCCCGGGAGAUCCACGACGUGGCGGGGGACGGGGACGGGGACUCUCCCGGGUCCGGGGUGGGGGCCGGCUCUCCCGGCUCGCUGCCCAACACUCCCGGCUCCACCAUCUCUGCCAGGGAGGAGCUGGUCCAGCGGGUCCCUGAGGCCAGCCUGAACUUCCAGAAGGUUCCACCUGCUGCUGUCUCCCACCUGGACCAGAACAUGAACCAGCCACAGGUUCUAGAUAACAAGAUGUUGAAUCCGGUGUCUCAGCUGUCUCACACCAUCAGAGAGAACACCGAGCAGCUGGCCGAGAACAUCAAGGUUCUGUUCCAGAGCCGGUCUGAUCUUUGGGACGAGGUUGAAGCGAGGAUGAGUGUUGAGAAGGAAGCCCCGCCCACAAAGACCUCGAACCAGGAGAUCGCCUCCAUCCUGCAGGAGCUGCGCCGAGUCCAGAGACAGCUGGAAGUCAUAAACAGCUUUGUGGAGCCCGGAGGGAGCCUGCAGAUCGUACCUGGACCCAGGGCUGGACCCGGACCCGGACCUGGCCCCUCACCUGGAGGACACGCUCAGGGUCCCCAGAGCCACAAGAAACCAUCCACCAAAUCCCGCGGGGCCCCCAACAGCAGUGACGCCUCCAAACGCCAGGCCCGCGGACCCAAUGGGGGACACUUGCUGGGCUAAGUGGACCGACCCGGAGCCAGACAGGAAGUAGCAGAUCCGCUACUUCCU